AUGGAGAUUGACAAGAACAACUUCUUCUGGAUGCUUCCAUGCAUGUUACAUGAGGCACAGAAAGCUCGUUUCGUAGCGAUUGACGUUGAGAUGAGCGGUAUCUCCUCUGCUCACGGCCACGCUAGCCACAUUAAUUCUAUUCAGGAUUCAUAUACUGGAAUCAAAGAAGCGGCUGAGAAAUACCAAGUGCUACAGGUUGGGUUUACAUUUUCUCACUACAAUGAGGACAGAUCUGAACAUAUUGUUCGCACUUUUAACUGCCAUCUCUCGCCGCUGUUUCCUAGAAGCCCUUUAUCAGAUGGGUUAACUCGGUAUCUAGACAGAAGAUUCUGUGUCUCGGCUAGAUCGUACAGUUUUCUCCAACAGAAUAAAUUCAAUCUGGCUCAUAGUUUGGAUAAUGGCAUACAUUAUCUGAGCCGUGAGGAACUGAGACGCGCAGAGGAAUAUUGCUUGUCUAGGAAUUAUAGUCAUAAGGGGAUUGACCCCCUGAAACUUGAUGAAGAGUCACAGCGUUUUUACAAGUAUGUCAGAAAACAAAUCACAGGAUUUGUUACUGAAAGCGCCACACCGGGCGUGGGAUUCACCAUAAAGAACCCAUAUGGGGGUAAACUUAACGGGCUACAGCUUCGAUUGAUACAUCAGAUCAUCCGGGAGGAGUUCCCGGCGUGUAUAGCUAAAAGGGUAUCGACAGGUACUAUGGCAGGAAGUAUCUCUGUCAGUCUGUUGGACGAAGCUGCAAGACUCAAGAACGACUUUCGCCAGAAGCUAGACAUAGACGAGGUAAAGAGAUUAUCAGGCCUACAGAUUCUGCUCGAGGCACUAUCUGGAGGGCCCUUUGCCACAAGAGCCAGUCGAGAAUGGGCUCAGUACAGGAACAGACCUCCUAUCGGCCUUGAGUCAUGGGGCAAGUUUAAUCAAGCGUUCAACUUUCAGGACUGUGAAGCAAGCCUCAGUAAAUCUAGGCCUAUUUUAGUUGGCCAUAAUUUGCUACAAGAUCUUGCCUUUCUUUAUAAAACAUUCUUCGAACCUCUCCCACCAAAAGUUGAUGAUUUCAUCAAUAAAAUCCACACACUUUUCCCACGUAUUGUAGAUACUAAAUUUAUGCAUACAAAGGAUAAGCAUAUGAUGGAAACAGACAGCACACUACAAGAACUUCAUUAUUAUUACGCUAAACAGCAAUUCCCUGCCUUUCGCUGCGAUCCUAGAUUCAGCAACGGGCGAGCCUGCGCGCAUAAUGCUGGGUUCGAUAGCCUCAUGACGGCAGUCCUAUUCUUGAAGCAAGCUCACGCUUUAUUCAUUACUAGGAAGCAUUUGAACGUCAUUGAGGAGCAGUGUUAUGUGGCCACGCCACCAUCAGACCAGGAAGAAAAAAGUUCAACAAAUCACAGUAAUUCAAGUACAACUUCCUGGUCCGAUACCAGUGCUAAUACCUUGCUUGAUGAAGAGGAGAUUGGCACUUUAGGAGCUCUCCAAAAAUGGGACGUGCUCGUCGCAGAUGAAUCUGCCUCAAAACAAAUAUCCCUUACUAUCACUGAGAAAGCCAAGGCUUCCAAACGGGACGAACGAAGAUCAUCUUGUUCUCCCUACCGCAAGAAGGAUCCUUCUCCUUUCACCAUCGUCGUUAUUCUCGCUGGCGAGAACCUCUUCUCUAUCGGCACUCUUAUCAUAAAUAAUUGCCUCCUCGACUUCACCCCACACUCGACCAAGGGCCUAGCCUGGCAAAAGCAGGAACUCUAG